AUGUUCGUCGUCUACACGCUUCUAUUGCUUCUCGUCGGGAUUACGGUAGGUGAGGAGAAGCCCGAAACCUCCGAGCAAAUCGACCCAUCCAUCUAUAUACGGAAUAACGCGAACUUCAUGAACGGCAUGACCGCCGGCGUUGGACAGAAUUCGAUGAAUAUGGUGAACUUCGCCUUCAAUUGCAAAUGCACUUCGAAAAUGGCGAAUCCGCUCGCGCCGGCACCAAUGGAGGCGAAUCAGUUAGCUCAGCAGCAAAUCGCUCAACUUCAGGUAGAAAAAAACUUUUAA